AUGUCGAUGGUGAAGGUGGAAGAGAAAGGUCGUCUCGAUUAUACACAAGAUGGGACUGUUGAUCUGAAAGGGAGACCUGUCCUCAGAUCAAACACUGGAAAAUGGAAAGCUUGUUAUUUCAUUGUUGGCUAUGAAAUAUUUGAGAGGAUGGCUUACUAUGGGAUUGCAUCAAACCUAGUAAUUUAUUUGACAGACAAGCUCCAUGAAGGCACUGUGGCAUCUUCAAACAAUGUCACCAACUGGAUAGGUACUGUAUGGAUGACACCCCUUCUAGGUGCUUAUAUUGCUGACACUUUCCUUGGUCGGUACUGGACUUUCAUCAUCGCAUCAGCCAUUUACCUUGCGGGAAUGUGCUUAUUGACACUAGCAGUUUCAUUGCCUGCAUUGAGGCCUCCGUCUUGUGGGAAAGGAGUGAAGGGCGAGGAUUGUGAUAAACGCGCCUCAGUGCUUCAAAUCGGCAUCUUCUACUGUGCCUUGUACAUAAUUGCAGUUGGAACAGGUGGAACAAAGCCCAAUAUCUCCACCAUGGGAGCAGAUCAAUUUGAUGAUUUUGAGCCAAAAGAAAAGUUCCAUAAGCUCUCAUUCUUCAACUGGUGGAUGUUUAGCAUAUUCCUAGGCACUCUUUUCUCUAACACUUUCCUUAUAUACAUUCAAGACAAUGUGGGCUGGAGAGUUGGCUAUGGCCUACCAACACUUGGGCUCGGGGUAUCGAUACUAGUCUUCAUUUUUGGUACACGUUAUUAUCGACACAAGCCCCCGUCUGGUAGCCCGUUGACUCAGAUGGCUCGGGUGCUCGCAGCCACAGUAAGGAAGUGGAAGGUGGUCGUCCCGGAUGAACCAAAGCUUCUUUAUGAGCUGAGUUUAGAAGAGUACUCUAAGCCUGGCCAGUUUAGACUUGAUCACACCCCUUCUCUCAGCCUCCUGGAUAAAGCAGCAGUCGAGACCGGGCCGAAUUCACCAUGGAUGUUAAGUCCAGUGACACAAGUUGAACAAACCAAGCAAAUGAUAAAAAUGAUUCCUAUUCUGGUUGCAACAAUCAUACCUAGUACAAUGAUAGCACAGACAAACACUCUUUUUAUCAAACAAGGCACAACCUUGGAUAGAAGCAUUGGUCCCCAUUUCAAGAUUCCCUCAGCAUGUCUCACAGCAUUUGUGACAAUUUUCAUGCUCAAUAGCAUUGUACUAUACGACCGGUUCUUCGUUCCCAUUGUGCGAAAAUACACUAAGAACCCAAGAGGGAUUACAUUGCUGCAGAGGAUGGGGAUCGGCCUUGUGUUGCAUGUUGUAAUCAUGAUCACUGCUUUUUUCGCAGAAAGAACGCGUCUGAGGGUUGCCAGAGAACAUGGAAUCUUCGAGAAAGAUCAAAUCGUGCCUCUUUCAAUCUUCAUUCUUCUCCCACAGUUUGCUCUUAUGGGAGUUGCUGAUAACUUUCUUGAAGUUGCGAAAAUUGAGUUCUUCUAUGAUCAAGCACCAGAAGGCAUGAAAAGUCUUGGAACUGCUUACUUUACAACCAGUUUGGGAGUUGGAUUCUUCUUCAGUAGUUUUCUGCUGUCAACCGUGUCUGAUAUUACCAAGAAACAUGGAAAAGGGUGGAUUUUAGACAACAUAAAUAUCUCACAUUUGGACUAUUAUUAUGCAUUUUAUGCUUUCCUGAACUUUCUCAAUCUUCUUUUCUUUCUGCUAGUUGCGAAUCUCUUUGUUUACAACACAGAGGCAAGUGGUAAUGAAGAGGAGUUACCUGAAGUCUUGGGGGCUCGACUGAACAAGUCUACACGGAAAGAGGAAAUAACUUCGGAUGAUAAAGCAAGCUCGUAG